UGCUCUUAAAAACCUGUGGCGGCUGAUUGUGCUUCUUUUUGUUCAUCACAGUUUAGAAUUUAAGCCUGUUUCACAAUUGUACCAUUCCUCUACAGUCAAACCUUCAUUUUCAAUACAUUUCUAGAGCACCAAAUAAUUUUUACCACUAAGCUGCCUGACUAAAGCAUUUCUUCCACCAAUUAAGCCACAUAGUGCUUUGGAUAAUUUUUUUGUAAUUCAUGAAAUUUCAAGGACUUGCAACACUAAUUAGGUAUGUCUAGUGAAGUUUGCUCUGUAGAGUAUUUUAAAAAUGCCAGAGGCUCUAAAAUUUUCUGUCACUAUUGGAACAAGGAUUUAAAAUCUCCAAGAGCUCUUGCGUUUAUAUGUCAUGGUGCUGCAGAACAUUGUUUGUGGUAUGGAAAACUUGCCUUGAUGCUAGUAGACAAAGGAAUCUUUGUUUUUGGUCAUGAUCAUGAAGGUCAUGGUCAAAGUGAAGGGUCACGUAUGCACAUCACUAACUUUAGACAUUAUAUACAUGAUGUAUACCAACACAUUGAUCUGGUGAAACAGAAUUUUCCUGAUGUUCCAGUAUUUAUAAUUGGACAUUCCAUGGGAGGAGCAGUGUCUAUACUGGCAGCUAUGGAUAGACCAGAAUACUUCACAGGUGUUGUCCUCAUAUCUCCUUGUGUCACUCCUGAACAAGACACAGUUGGGCCAGUUAAGAUAUUUUUGGGAAAACUUGUUGCCAAAAUUGUUCCCCAUUGUCCAGUUCUCUGGUUAAAUGAUGAAGAUGUUAGCAGAGAUAAAGCCAUUUGUCAGAAAUAUAAAGAUGACCCUCUGAAUUAUCAUGGAGGAAUGAAGGCCAAGUGGGGUGUCUGUUUACUUGAAGCUUUGCAGGAAAUAGAAUCCAAAUUACCAGAAGUCAAGUGGCCAUUUUAUGUUCUCCAUGGAGAUCAUGACAAAAUGGUCAACUCCAAAGGUUCUCAGGCACUACACGAGAAAGCCACAAGUGUUGAUAAAACUAUGAAGAUUUAUCUUGGUGGCUAUCAUCAACUUCACAAUGAAAUUGAACCUGAUGGCUCAAAUGUCCGAGAGGAAAUUGUCAACUGGAUUAUUCAACGUGUACCCAAGUGAUUCUCAAGCAUUUCAUCAGAUAGUAAAUAUACAGCUCAAGUUUUAUUUGUUCUGAAUUUUUAAAAAAAGUUUUAGUACAAAAAUCUUUUAGGAAUUUUGUUGUUUCUCUAUCUUAGUAAGUUUACAAAACUAUUCUUGCAGCAUCUUUAUGGCUAUAUGUGAAAAACAUUAUUUAGAAGAUUCCAUAGACCACUAUGUUUUAUCUGCAUCAUUUCAACACUCCAGUAUGUUCUAAUUAUUCAAGACAUGUUUUAGUUACACCUACCAUAAAAGUUUUUUGUUUUUUUUGUUUCUUAUGUAUUUUAUCUAAAAGUUAUCAUUUUUUUAAAUGAAACUUUUCUAUUGAUAUAAAUAUCUUGUUAUGCACUUGAUUUAAAAGACAUUAUUUAAUUUCUUUGUUCACUGUUAUGUACUUCAAAAGUUUCUGUGAUGCAACCUAUCUGGAAGACAGCAAACAAUUAUAUCAAAUUAGCUUUUUAAUGCUAUCUACUUAAAUGUGUUUUGUGAUGCUCUCUCUAUGACCAUGCUAGAACUAUUGUUACAUAAUAAUACAAAUCGUACAAGUUAUUUGCUGUCGUUUUUUUUUAUGUCAUGAUGUACUCUAUGUAUAAAAAAAAAUGCAUUAAGAUAAUAUGAUGAGCACUAAACUGAAUCUUAUCAUCAGCACCAAGCCUUAGGCUCUGCCAGUGAGAUGCCUUUUGGUUUUUGUGACAGUAUUAGCACAGCAUGUUGACUAACAAUGAACAUUAUAGAUUUGGUUCCUUUCUUUUCACAUUUCAAUUCAGUAUAGAUUGUAUAUUCUAAAACAAACUCAGGGUCACCAGUUUAUUAUUGAUUGUGUUAGUAAUUGUCACUGUUGUUAUUUAUCUUGUCAUGAUCUAUCAUAGAUGUCACAUUUUUCUUUUACAUUUCAGUUGAUAAUAUCUUAUAUUAAUAUUUCAUGUACUAUUUUUUUGUCAAUAAUUUUAAACAUAUACACUAGUUAUUAGACACACUUGUGUCUUUUAACAUAUAUUGAUUAUUAGUAGAAAAGAUUAUUUUAUUUCUGACAAAAAUAUGUUUUUCUCACUAGAUUCUGUUGUUGUACACCAACAUUUUAAGAGCAUAGUAUUUAGAUAUUGUUUGGUAUAUGUUUUGUUCUGAUAAUGGCCAUGCCUUAUAAACAAAAUCACAAAAUGGUUUUAAAAGAAAUUUUAAUAUAUGGGCUUUUGAUUCAAAUACAAAAUGAAAUGUUUGUUACAAGCUACAUCUAAUAUGUUGUGAUGCAUUCUUUUAAUUAGGAAUUGAAACCAGACCAAGUAACUUUUUAUUUUUUACUCCAAAACCACUAAGAGUUCUCAUACUGUAAAACUUCAAAUAAUAGCUCUAUUUUACAUUUAGUUUUACAAUUUUAAAAUACAUUAAUAUAACUUCAAGUAAACACUUUUUUCUUGAAAUAUUUUUUUACCUUUAAAUUGUCAUUCUGUAGCAAUAAACCUCACUAAUUAGGCUUUGAAUGAGUUUCACUACUAGAUUGAAGUGUAUCCAGUGGCCAGGUUCCACAAUGUUUUAAUCCUUACAUCAAAGUUAAAUUAUUUCAGCCAUUAAACUGUUGAAGAUAUGACACUCAAUGCUCAAUAUGUGCCAUACCCAUAAGUUAUGUUUGAUCAAAACUUGUUGAUUUCAUCCUAAGCUGUGAUUUAAAAAAAAAUAAGCCAUAUGAAAUAAAUAAACAUUAAUAUUUAUAAAUGUCCAUUUAUUUAAAACUUCUUUUUUAUGGUUACUGAAUAUUGUGUUUACUAUUGUUAAGAGCCAUUUUAAAAAAGUAUUUGGUCCAUAUUUGUACUUGUGUAGUAUCUAUAUUAUUUUGGUUAUGAGAUUCAGUUUAUUAUUAUUUCAAUAUUUGUAAUGUGGACUUUGUAUUGGUAUAUAUGAACUUGACCUGUUUACAUUGCUUGAAGCAAGUAAAAUUUAGAAAGGUGUUUUAUGCAUCAGGCUUGACUUAUUGUUUGAAAUGAUUCUGAAAAUGUUGACAUCAAAGAGAAGUACACUAUACAUAGACUUUCUGAUUGUAGAUUUCUUAGUAAGCUAUGUGGGAAAUUUGAAAAUUUAAUUAUUCUCAAAGGUAAAGAAUAUAAGUUUGAGAAUCUCAAACUGUAACUUAGUUGCCAUGUUCUGCAUCUGUGCAAACUUUAGCCUGGCAUUAGCUGUUCAUGCGUAUUAACUGUUUAUCUGUUCUAGUGUAUAAAUGUAAUCACUUCAAUUGUUUGAGAGCAUUCCAUCAUGUGACAUUGUCAAUGUACUUUGGUCUCAUUUUGUAGAUGGAGACUUGAUAUAUUUGUACACUAUGUACACAAUGUAUUCAUUGCCAGGUCUUAUAUUAAAUAGGAUAGAAGCAAGAACAAGAGAAGGGGGAAGUGAAAAGUUGAAGGAACUACACUAUUUUUUUUUUGUGUGGACAUAAGCUUGCCAGAGUAAUAUGUGGCCUGUUCAAUGACUUAAAAAAAAACAACUCUAGAUCAAACUAAAACACACAAGUAUUAUUUCAUUAGUAACAGAAAACAGAUGGCUUUGAAUAAUAGAAAGCGGAUGACUAUAAAUCCUGUCCACAUUUUCUUUCCUAUCAAUCUAGGACUAAAUGCAGAAGAAAUGGGACACAUCUCCAUUAUUUCUAGCACUAACCUGAGCACCCUCAUUGUUAUGUAGCUAUUAAAACACUCAAUUACAAUUCCAGGACACUCAACUAAUAUUUCAGUAUAGGGACAGGGCUAGACAGAGAAACAAUAAGAAUGCUCAAACAUAUGAAUAGCUACAUACACAUGACUGAUUGUAUGUUACUAAAUGUCCAAAUAUUUAUUACUUUUUUUUUAUUAAAUAAUUAUGACAUGUAACAUAUAGCAGCACUAAGGUUAUUCAAACACCAUUUACUUUUUUCUGAACCUUGAAGAAUACAUGAUUUCCAUACCUAUAUACCACUAUUCUAAAUAUCCAUGUUCAAACUAUAAACAAAUGUUGUUCAUGAUGACCUCUGCACUUGUUACUUAGUUUUUCUAGCCUGUGAUCCAAAUUAUUUCUGUUGAAAAGAUUGUUGGAAACUGUUGAGUGUUUUGUUAAUAACUAUGUUGGGGGUUUUGUUAAUAACUAUGUUGCACUAAAUGGUUUAUUGAUGUGCACUACUUCUAAUGUAAUAUCAAGCCAUCUGUUAUACUACAUAGAUCUCUGUUUUGAUGUGCAUGUUGUUGUAUCUGUUGAUCUAAACACAUCUUUCACUGAACACAGCAAUAAAAACAAAAGAACUGACAAAAUAGUUCCAUUUCUCA